AUGGGUGGCUACGUGUCUCUGGUGGAGCCCCUGGUGGUCCUCCACACCGUUAGCACCUCCUUCUUUGGGAUGGCCCUGACGCUGGUGGUGUACAGCCGCUCCCUGGAGCUGUGCGGAGGGCAGAGUGAUGCCGCCCAGGCGCUCUCCAUGCGGUUCUUUCUUUUCCAGGGCAUAGUGACCACCUUCUGCGCUCUGCUCUCCAUCGCGCCCCUCACCCGGUUGGCGGAGCGCCGUGGGGGGCGCGUGCGGCUGCUGUGCCCACAGCUGGGCUCCGUGCUGAGCAUGGGCUUCCUGCUGGCCCUGCUGCUGCUGCGACUGCCUCUGGAGGUGCUGUACGUGGGCGCCGCGCUGCACGGGCUCAGCGGGGGGUCUCCGGGCUUCUGGAGCGGGGUGGUGGCGCUGGCAUCACUCCAGUCCAACAGGGGGCGCCGCACGCUGAAGCUCAACACUGUGGACUUCUGCGCAGGCGCAGCAGGGGUGGUAAGUGGGCUCCUGUCUGGGCACGUGUAUAGCCUGGGCCAGAGCGGGGUGGCGCUGGUGGGCACGGCCAUGUUCCUGGGCACCACCUCCAUCCUCUACUCCACGUUUCUCCUCUCCUUCCCCAAGCACCCUCCCCCGUCCAGAGAGGACCUUCUGCCACUCUUGCAUCGCCAGAGCACCGGUGUGCAGUCGCCCAGGGUGGCGGUGGCCUUGGUGAUGGCAGCCCUGGUGCUGUUUGACGUGGGCAUGAGCGGGGCGGAGGACGUGCUCUCCCUCUACGUGCUCAAGCCCCCUCUGAGCUGGGACUCGGUGUGGGCGGGCUACGGCAGCGCCGCCACCCAGGCCAUGUACCUGAGCAGCUUCCUGGGCGUGCUGGUGCUCUCCCCACGGCUGGGGGACACAACCCUCAUCCUGCUGGGCAUCGUCUCCAACUGUACGGGCAUGGCCAUCAUGGCAUUCGCCACCCACAGCUGGGUCUACUUCAUGGCGCGGGGAAUCAUGAUGUUCGCCUGUGUUCCCAUGCCAACGUUGAAGGCACAGUUAUCCAAGAUUCUGGAUGCACAGCAGUAUGGUUCUGUGUUUGGUUGGUUGCAGCUGGCCCUGUCUGUGGGUAACGUCGUCUCCACGGCGAUCUUCACACUCAUCUACCCUCUCACCCUUCCAUGGCACAGCGGCUUUUGCUUCCUCAUCUCCAGUGCCAUUAGCUACUGCAGCAUCAUACCUGUCCUCUAUCUCAACUGUAGAAGCAUCAGGAGCCCAUAUGUGUUCAUUUCAGGAGAUGAAUAACAUCACAAUAACUCAACUGAAACCUUUUAUGAAUGAAAACAAAAAGGUUUCUGAGAAAUUACAUCAUUCCCUGGGAGAAAAGAGUAAACAAAACACAAACACAUCAGCAGUUUAACUCAUCUUUAAUAAUUAGCAACAUAUGUAAUAAACAUAAACAAGA